CGGGAACCCGGUCUCUCCAUUGCCAUGGACGUCACCGGUCCGUUUCCUCGCGACUGGCUCGGGCACGACGGCAUCCUCACGGUUGUGGACCGAUUGAGAGUCCGACACAACAAUGAAACCAAGUUCGGCUUGACAUCCUCAGACAGACGGGCAGACGGAGCGGGAACAUCAAACCGCUCAGAUGAUGCUUCGUACGCUCAUCCGUCCGGACCAGAAAGAUUGGGUUGACCGCCUCCCCGACAUCGAGUUCGCCUACAACACUUCGGUGCAUCCGGCGAUCGGCGUGACUCCAUUCGAGUUGCACCACGGUGGACGGAAAGGCCGGAUCUUCGCCGACCUGUUCCUCCCUCGACCAGCCGACAUUGACGCUGCCUGCUCUCCCGCUCUCUGGAAGUACAGGGAAUUGCUGACUCAAGCCGGCGCAAAUAUGCAAAAGGCUCAAGUCCGCAUGCCGCAGCAAGCCAACAGGCGUUGCGUACCAUGUCCCAUCCCCGCCGGUGAUCUGGUUUGGGUCUCCGCGGAAGAGUUUGCACUGGAACAGGAUGUUUCACGCAAACUGCUUCCCAAGUGGUUUGGACCUUGGUCUGUGACAGCAGCCGCGGGCGAUGAUCCCGAUGGCGCUUCAUUUGUGAUCAACAUUCCAGAGCAUCUGACGGUCCAUCCGGUCUUCCACGCCUCGAAGCUGGCAACGUACACGCCAGCCAAGAGCGACGACUUUCCGGACCGACGAUCGCAGGACCCUCCUUCUAUGGAUGGCCAUCAGGAAGUUGACCGCGCCAUCUCCGAUCGCAAGUAUGGCAGCAAGCCGCGGCAGUACAAAGUCACAUUCAAAGCAUGCGAUGGCGACGACACUCGGUGGAUUUCAGGCGCAGAUUUGAAAGCAUCCGCACCACUGAUCUACGCGCGUUAUGAAAAGCGGAGGUUAGCUCAGGAAGCUUCACGACCAGCCCCUCCCACCCGGACUGUGGUCCCUCCCUCAGACAGACAGCUUCGCCCUCGCAGGAUGGUGCAGUGCAGUGGAUCUGGCAUUGGAGUUUCGUGCACGUCUUGCAGUUGCAGGAGCUAUUGGGGUCGGACCGUUUCUUGCUCUUGUGCAACCAUUUAUUCACAGGUCCACCUGGGCGACACGCCUCAUGACUUGACUGAUGCAGACUUUGAGGAAUUGGCAAAGUUGUCGGAAGGAUUUUCGGGAUCAGACAUUGCUGUGUCGGUUAAGGAUGUACUCUUUGAGCCUGUGCGAAAGACUCAAGAGGCAACACAUUUCCGGAUGGUAGCAGAUAAAGAUGGGAAGCGAAAGUAUAUGGCAUGCUCACCAGGUGAUGCCCGGAAGGCGAUUGAGAGCACCAUGGAGGAUCUGUAUAAGCAAGGGAAAGGCGACCUGAUUUUGCCGCCGCCGAUUGUCAAGUCAGACUUCUUGAAGGUUUUGGCCAGGCAGAGGCCGACAGUCAGCAAGUCAGAUCUUGAGGUUCAUGAGAGAUUUACCAAGGAGUUUGGAGAGGAAGGAUGACAGUCGUUAACGUCAUACAGACGCUUAUGUGUUCGUCUCAAGUUUCGCAUGGAAAUGUAUCCUUCCACCUGGAAAUGAUGUAAAUAUGGUGGGUUGGACGCUUCAUACAGUAUACCGAGCAUUGCUCGCUCUCUCUUGCAUGGGCUGCAAAGCAGGCAGUCCCCGUUGCAGCAGCUCUCUCGUACGUAGGUAGUUCCUUAUUUGUGGAAUUGUGGGUGGCUCUGUAAUUUCUCUCUGAUCCGAUCCGUAUAUUUUAACGAACUCUUCUAUGAUAGUUUGUCAAUCGUAGCUCCUUUGUUGUGUAGCACUUGAGCUUUAUAGUUGAUUGAUGUAUGCUCGCCACUCACGGACAAUCUUUUAUUGUCGAACGUAUCUAUAGCUCUGCUGCUUUGUUCCCUCUGUCAGCCGUUUCUUACCCCAUUCCGAUUCACUGGGAUAUUAGUUUCUGUAUUCUUCGCUCCUCUCCCCAUGUUGUUGCUGCCUGUUUUGGCUUUUCACGUCUUAAAGCUUGCAAUACUUCUCUGCAGGGGUUUGUGUGGGAGUGCCAUCCUUGGGUUUCGCCACGUGAUUGCAGGGGUGGCGUUUCCUUCAUAUGGCAAUGCCUGUGUUUUUGUUCAUGCUGCUGGUAGUCCUGCAGCAAGGGCCAGCUGGCCGACUGCAUCUGAAUGCGGAGGGAAGGGAACUGAUCGUGACAUUGCGAUGAAGUAGAGGAUGCCUGCCAAGUGGGCGUGCCUUGUUUGAGAGAGUGUUCACGGAGCGUAGUGCCAAGUGGUUUGUUGCCUAGCACUACUGGUGAGUGAAUGGUUGGCCCAUCGUCCACAUUGGUAUGGGGAUGAAUGGUCGAACUAAAUUGAAAUGGUCGCUCUUACGUCAGCCAUAUGUAUGUGUGAUUGGGGAGGGUGAAAGGUUCCGUCUACCCACCAAAUGGUUGCUGUUACGCCUGCGGGAUGUUGGUUCUAGGGUGUGAAAGGUUGCGUCAACCUACCAAAUGUGUUUUCUUAUGUCUGCCAUAUGUUAUGUGAUUCUAGAGUCUGAAAGGUUCCGUCCUCCCGCGAGCCUCCUUUCAAAGUUAUAUGAUCUGGUGGGCUCUGCUGUGGUUUUGUCAGUUUUGUUUUUUGUUUUUUGUUUCAGGACCGACGUUCAUUGUGAUAGCAUAGGCCAGUUUUUUGUCUCAAAGUGGUAAAAAUCUUAGUGAUAUACAGCCAGGCCAAAGUCCGAUGAGCCGUGGCUACACAACACAGCUCUCUCAUGAGCUGUGAACGUACGUCUGCUUCAGGUAGUACUAGGGUGAAGAAGCCCACACACUCCCCUUAUUGCUGUGAAUCGGUUAGCAACUUCGCACCCACAGAGGGAUUCUUAAAUCAUUCUUUCAUUGGACACUGGGUUCCUUGUUGCCUUCCGGCAAAGUCCGUGCAAGCUGUGAGUUCGACUGCGAUACGCAAGACUGACCUCGCUACAGUCAGUACGUUGGGUUUGUGUUUGAGGGUUUGUGUUUGAGCCGGCUAGUAGCUUUUGCACAUGUAGAGCUGAACGUGAUUGAACUGAGUUUGACUACUGCAAUAGCGGAAUGACCUCAUUAGUAGCUUUUGCACAUGUGGAGCUGAACGUGACCGAACGGAGUUUGACUACUGCAAUAGCGGAAUGACCUCGCUACAGUCAGGACGUUGCGAUUGUGUUCGACCCAGCGAGUAGCUUUUGCACAUUUAGAGAUGAACUUGAUCGAACUUGGGUAGUGUGUGGCUGGUAAGUCGUCACGACACACAGCCGCACGAGUUGAUCCUCUGCGUUAAAUAAUUGUUGUGUUGGUGGCUGAAUGCUUUGCUUUGCUUUGCUACCCGUGCUUCUCUUGGUUAGCAGUUUUUUGAAUUAUGUACGUUUGCUUAUAUGCCGGAUUGGAAUCGGGAGUUGGGUCGGAAUGCCAUCUGAAGAUCCAGGCCGUCGAGCUGGGGCUGCU